CUCAAAAUCAUUUUUUCUAACUUUUCCUUCACAAAUCUCAUUCUCCAAAAAUAAUUUACAAAAUUUUUUCAAAAAAAUUAGAAACCCCUUCAUAUUCUCUGUUUGAGUUUAACUGACAAAAAAAAAAAAAAACUAGUAUUUUUAGCUCCAAAAUCAACUUCAAAACCUUCUCUUAGUACCAAAAACUCAAUCUUUUCUUGAUUUUGAAUUUAAAAGCUCUCUUUCUACUCUUCUUUUUUUUUUUUUGGUUUUUUUUUCCUUGGUACCAAAAACUCAAAAUCUCUUUCUGGUUUUGAACUUAAAAGCUCUUCUCUUUGUACUUUUUUUUAAAAAUUCAAUCCUUGUGUUUAGUUGUUUGAGCUUAAAAUCCAAACGGGUUUUUGAUAAAACCUCAAAAAGGAUAAUUUUUUUUUUUUGUAGAGGUUUAAGUUUUAACUAUGGAGUCAAGAGAUGCUGUGACUACUACUACUGCCACUGGUGGGGUUACAGUGGUAGGAUCCGAUGCUCCAUCGGACUACCACAUAGCUCCAAGGUCCGAAAACGCCAGCCAGAGCCUGACUCCUGGAUCCUCUACGCCGCCGCAGCCUCCUUCGAAAUCGGCCGUGCAACCAGCCCUGCUGCCGGUUUUGGUGGCGGGGAUGCCCGUGAAGAAAAAGAGGGGAAGGCCUAGAAAAUAUGGACCGGAAGGUUCAGUCACUAUGGCGCUCUCUCCAAAGCCUAUAUCGACGGCUGCGCCGCCUUCGGUGAUCGAUUUCUCAGCCGGGAAGAGAGGGAAAGUAAAGUCGCCGACGUUUGUUUCGAAGGCUAAGUACGAGCUGGAGAAUUUAGGGGAAUGGGUUGCAUGCUCUGUUGGGGCUAAUUUUACGCCGCAUAUCAUCACUGUUAAUGCUGGUGAGGAUGUCACGAUGAAUAUUAUAUCAUUUUCUCAACAAGGGCCUCGAGCUAUAUGCAUUCUCUCUGCAAAUGGGGUGAUCUCAAGUGUCACUCUUCGCCAAUCUGAUUCUUCCGGGGGUACAUUGACAUAUGAGGGUCGUUUUGAGAUACUGUCCUUGUCUGGUUCAUUCAUGCCCAAUGACACUGGGGGAACAAGAGGCAGAUCUGGUGGGAUGAGUGUUUCAUUAGCAAGUCCUGAUGGGCGUGUAGUAGGUGGUGGAGUUGCUGGUCUCCUAGUAGCUGCUAGCCCAGUGCAGGUUGUAGUGGGCAGUUUUCUUGCCGGGAACCAGCAUGAGCAGAAGCCUAAGAAACAGAAGCAUGAGUCAAUAUCAGCUGCCACACUGAUGGCUGCUAUUCCCGUUUCUAGUGCUGAUCCGAAAUCAAACAUCUCCUCAGCCUUCCGUGGUGAUAGCUGGUCUUCGCUGCCAUCAGAUUCAAGGAAUAAGCUCACUGAUAUUAAUGUAUCUUUGUCUGAAGGCUAAUCUAAAUUUCCUUAUGCAGUGCAUGGUUCAUGUUCAUUUUCGCCUUAUCCUAUUUAUUAUCACCAAUUGUUUAGUUAGACAGAUGAUUAGAUAGGCUUCUGCCGCUGUUGUGUCAUGUAGAAUAUUUUGAAUGUAAUGUUUAUUGAGAGAGUUGGCCUUUCUUCGACGUGAUGAUGGAUUCUGAUUUAGUAAACCGGUGUCUUUUGAACACCUCAACUUCAUUGUUAAUUGCUUGUUUGUCGUUUGCCCUAAAUAAUAAAUAUCCUGUGUCA